AUGUCCAGUAACCUUCGCGGCCAACGUGCCGUCAAUAUUUCAACUACCUUCACUAUUAUCGCAGUAGUUACCGUUGCUCUCCGCCUAUACACCCGUUUUUUCCUCGUUCGUUUUGUUGGUGUUGAAGAUUAUGGCAUCAUUCUAGCGAUGUCGAUGCUAAUUUGGACAGAGGCAAAGUGGGGAAUGGGCCGGCAUAUUAGUGACGUUAGCCCACACGACCUUGUCAAAACACUGAAGGUACCAACUUUCUGGGCGUCCUUCAUCAUCUAUGGUCUAUCUCUUGGGCUGACUAAAGGAUCUAUCCUCCUACAAUAUCAACGAGUCUUUAAGACAAAAAGAUUCCAGAUCGCUUGUUGGACCGUCGUGGCGAUUGUCAUCGGCUACACCAUGUCGUCAUUGUUUAGCUGCAUUUUUUAUUGUAUCCCUUUGCGGUCGUUCUGGACGAGAGAGCCCGCAAGAUGCGUUAAUCAGCAUGCGAUGUGGUUCGCAAUCGCAGCCAUCAACAUAUUGACUGAUUUCAUUAUAAUCAUUCUUCCCAUGCCAGUCAUACGGAGCCUAAGGCUUGGACGUCGACAGAAGACUGCAUUAACUGCAAUUUUUGCCGUUGGCGGAUUCGUAUGCAUAGUCUCGAUUCUCCGCCUCCAAUCACUUGUUGCGAUCUCCAAAUCCCAGGACCUCACCUACGACAACCCAUCUUCAGCAGCCUGGAGCUCCAUUGAGGUCAACGUGGCAAUAAUUUGUUCCUGUCUUCCCCUGUUCCGCCCACUUCUGGCUCGCUGGCUCCCAGGUGGAUUUUCAUCGCAUAAACGCAGCUCCCACAGUUCGCCACGGCCGUCGGCGACCAGCGGAAGUAAUCACGGUCGCAAAGGCUUAAAGUCCGAACCCGAAUAUCCUAUGAACAUGAUGAAGCAACAAAAUCAACCAAGCGAGGAUGUAAGAGAUAUUCAAGUUAUCACAGAUAUCCAUGUGCAUGUCGAAGGCAGUGAAGAAAGAGCGAGUGGAUGGAGAACACCUAUAUCAAACAAGGAGUGGGUAGAUGACACGAGCAACAAGGAAACACCAAGAGCAAGUAGCACAAAUAUGGUAGCUACGGAUGCUGGUCAUGCUGUCUAA